CUGAUGACAGAAGAAGAAGCGGACGGAAGUGUUUUGGUGAAACGUUUCCGGGUCGUGGAAACAACCGUAAGAUUGAUGAACCCCAGAGUGGCAGUGUGAGCCAGUGAGUCUGCAGACCAACAAAGACAACAUGGAGGCUACAACAGGAGCACAAACAUGGUUAUCGAUUUAGCCGAGCUGCUGAGCCUUGUUAAAAUGUGUGAUCAGAAAAAUGGCAGUGACCGCAGCGAGAAGAUAAACAACAAUGAUGAUGUAGACGAGCUGUCAGCCAGUGAUGAAUCAGAGCCUGAGGAGGGACUCCUCACUGCUCCCUUUGACCCAGAGCUGGAUGAUGAUGACGAUGAUGGCGGGGAGGUUCAGAUCUCUGCUCCACCUGUUGGACUCGGAGCUCUGAGUGCCUUCAGUCUGAAAGGAGGGAGCUCUGCUUUCUCAGACCGCAGCCACAGCAUCUUUGAAUGCCUGGACAGUGUUUCCCGGCUGGCCUCCUCCUCCUCUGCUCUGAGCCAGGAGAAAGCUACAGAUGGGGUGUUUGCUCGGCCUCUUCCUCCACCUCCCAGCAGGAAGACGAGCCAUCCGCCAUCCAGCAGCCCCACACCAGCAAAGAAGAGAGGAGUCCCAGACUACCUGGUGCACCCUGAGCGCUGGACCCACUACAGUCUGGAAGAUGUGGAAGAGACCAGUGAUCAGGGCAAUAGCAGGGCGGCUCACCACUUCCUGUCCAGUCUGCAGCAGAGGAAGGAGCCGCAGGAGAGCAGGAGUGAUUCCUCCUGUGACAUUGAGCAGAAGAUGAUCUUCUCCAAACCCAGCAGGCUGCUGAAGGGACAACCUGCUGAUCAGCCGUCGGCUGUCAGAAGCAAAGAGAAGGAAACACGCCUCAGUCAUCUGGAGGAGGAGGAUGAAAGGGAGGUGGGCAGGGAGAAAGAGAAGGCUGGAGAAAGGAGGACAGACCAGAAUGUAGAAAAGGCUGAGGACAGAGCAAGAGAUGCGGACAAAGACAUGAGGGGAGAUGUGGGUCAACCAGAGGACAAGAAAUGGAUGCAGAGAGAGAAAGAUGAGGAAGAGGAGAAGAUAGAAGAGCUCAACCCCAUGUUUACCUCCUUCAAGAAGAGCAAGCGUAAGAACUACAGGAAGAGCACAGGGCAGGAGGAAAACUGAUCAGCUCUCAAACACCUCAUCUGGUCUCAGACACCAGACGAGUAACUCAGCAGCAGGUUCAGAGGCUGUUUGCUUCCCUCUCUAGUACAAAGUUGCCCGUGUCACCUCCAACCCACACCCAGCUUCACUGUACAAGUCCCCCAGAAAUAUUUAAAAAAAGUCAGCCGGAGAAGAGGAGUGUUUUCCCCCUACUCAUGGAGCUAACGUUAGCUUCACUGGCUAGCUGCAGUGUCAGUUUUCAUUUGCAGCAUCAACAGUCGUCAGCGAGAAGUGAAAAGUUGGUCCUGUGUGAAAUCAGAGACGCACUGUUUAAAAUAAUGAUACAUUUUGAUGGUAAAUCUGCUGUUGUGAUUGUAAACUGUAAAUGUGCUGAAAAUGAAAGAUUUACGGGUUAGCAACAGUAAGUGAGGAGCGAGGCUUAGGGAUCGUCAGUGUCAUCCAAAUCAACCUGAAAGAUAGAUGUGAAAAUGUUUUUAGAUUUUGAAUAAAAGACAACAUGAGGACAGUGAGUGUCACAUCCUGUUUACACUCAGCUGGUCACACUGGGGAGGGAAAUUAGAACCAGUGUGGGAAUUUGAACCUGUCGCUAUUUCUCCUUAUUUCAUUUUUUUGGUUUAGUUUAGAUCUAGCAGGUGAACGUUUUGUGCAAAAUGAAAAUAAUAACUGUCCUCUCCACCAUCUUAAAGGAGUUUUCUUAAAAAUAAACAAAAGUUGUUUAUAUUCAGUGUUUGUCAUUAAAGCGCACUGUGUGAAUCA